AUGGGUCAAUUGAGGCCGCGCGACCGGCUUCUGAAGUCAGCUAUUGCUGCAGAAACUCGUCUCCGGUACAAAGGGCGGCGCAUGCACAAGCGAUUCCGCAGUUGGUCGCAGCACAGAGUACGCCAGUACUGGUUGCCUCAGAGAGUCUCCCUUCACGCAGACACGGCAGAUAUGAGCCCAGCCUACCUCGCCGCCGCUGUACAGAAAGCAGCAACUCUGCGCAAACACGACGUGGCACUCUGGUUCAACUUCUCACGGCGAGCGCAGCAAGUUGCGGACACCUGCACCCCCCAACAGCUUGGAUACCUCUUUUAUGGCUUCGGCAAAGCCAGGUUCCUAGACCCACCUCUGUACGCCUGUCUCCUUCGCUACGCCGUUUCAUCCCUCGAGGAUUUCGCUUCUCACUCCCUCAUGACUGUCCCUUGGGCUCUCAGCAGAGUGGCCAUUAGAGAAGUGUCCGCUCUUACAGAAGUGGGACAGGAGACAGUGUUGAAGGCCGCACACAUGAGACCAGGCGACCUCAUAAAAGUGGCAGUGGGCCUCGCAAAGUUGCGACUGAGCUCUGUGCUGUUGCCAGCUCUUAAAGAUGCCUCUGCUCUGGAUUUUCGGAAUAGCAUGCAUCCUCUUGCUGUCAUUGGGCUGUACACGCAACCCCUGCAGACUUUUGUCAUGGAGCGGUUUUCAAACCUGCGCCGAAUUCUCCAUCCGAUUCGACGUCCGUCUCCGCUUCACUGGGAGGUAUCGGACUGUCUGGCUGCUCUUGGAAUCGCUCACCGCAAUACCUUUCACUGGGGCUGUUUCUGGAUUGACAUUGGAGAGGCAGGUGACAGAAGACGGUGUAUCUUCGUAGACGGACCCGCAGCGUUCUACACCAACUCAACGCAGUACACAGAGGCAGUUAAACUCCAGCACAGAGUUUUGAGCGACCUCGGCUGGGAGGUGCGGAGGGUGCUGUGGUUUGACUGGGUCGGCCUUGAGGGCAAGCAGCAGAAGAUUGAGUUCUUGCGCAAGCUGCGUGCCUCCCCAGCCCUCCCCUCUUUCUUGCCAGAUCCUCUUCCUGGGUUGACAGCACAGGAAGUCCAGCAGCGGUUGCAUCUGGUCAAGCAGCGACAGCGGGAGCAGCAGGAAGCAGCAGCAGCAGCAGUUGGGGACUCUACUGUCGACCUGGACUUGUGA